CUUGAAAAUGUCCAACACACAAAAAAAGAAGAUGUUCGAUACAACGAUCUCAAGUUAUAUGUUCUCCAGUAUUCUGCAGGAUGAGUUCGGUGGAUGGUACAUGGAGCUACCCAUGACAGCUAGAUUGGUGGUUUACAUUACAUUUUUGGGGACUAUAAUGGCCAUUAUAUUUUUGAUAUUGAAAUUUCUGAGUGAUUGUGACGCGGAAGAUGACAUGGAGAGGUUACCAGUGGUGGCAGGAGAAGAAGAAGUCGCCGUUUGGACGCCGUUAGUCAACGGACCACCGGAGAUAGCGAGGAACGGAGAUGUAGAAACUGCGUCGUUUAGCUCGUCGGAUGAUUUGGACUACUCGACAUUGUGUGUCAUAUGUUUCGAGGAACGCAGAAACUGUUUCUUCGUACCGUGCGGUCACUCUGCCACUUGUCGCGGCUGUGCUCAGAAGAUCCUGUCCGAGGAAAAUAAGGCGUGUCCGAUUUGCCGGAGGUUAAUACGCAAAUCUAAGAGAUUAUUGUUGAAGCGUUGAACGUUGUUGCUUUUCCUAACCAUUAUUUUGUCCCAUGAUUCCGAUAACGUUCUGUAAUCGUAUGUGUGCUGG